AUGUUUGAUCCUUUGGGCUUUCUUUCACCAUUCACAGUUCUUGGACGAAUGCUGGUUCAAGAUUUAUGGCGAACCGGGUGCGAAUGGGACGAUCCUAUCGAUGGUGUGUCCUUGGAAAAAUGGAACAGAUGGACACAAAUUUUGCCGGAGAUAGGAGAAAUUCGAGUGCCACGAAGUUACUUUGGGCCAGCAUUGUCGAGCGAAAUAAGGAAUCUUCAGUGGCACGUCUUCACAGAUGCUAGCGAGAAUGCCUAUGGUUGCGUCGCGUAUUUUCGUGCCGAGAUUGGAGGAAAAGUUCAUUGUACAUUGGUGAUGAGUCGAAGCAAAGUCGCUCCAUUGAAGCAGCUGACGAUCCCACGAUUAGAGCUGCAGGCGGCAGUAUUGGGCGCCAGAUUGGCUCAAACUGUUCAACAAAAUCACAGUUUUAAAAUAGAGCAGGUGUUUCUGUGGACAGAUUCUCGAAACGUCCUGUCCUGGAUCAAGUCGGAUCAAAGGCGAUAUCGACAAUACGUAGGGUUUCGUAUCGGUGAGAUUCUCAGUUUGACGAAUGCUACGGAUUGGCUCUGGAUUCCGACGAAGUAUAACGAGGCGGAUCGUGUAACUAAAUGGAAGCAAGGUGCGAGUUUUCAUUCGGAUAGUUCGUGGUUCAGAGGACAACCCUUUUUGAGCCGUGAUAGAGGGGAAUGGCCUGAACAACCGCUAAUCUCCGCUAACACAAACGAAGAAAUAAAGGUGCAUCUUUUAGUGCACGAUGUCACACUCUCAAAACUUCUUAUAGAUGUGAGCAGAAUCUCAAAGUGGACAGUUCUUGUUCGUAUCACGGCAUGUGCGUAUCGAUUCGUUUCCAAUUGCAGAAGGUUGCUUGAAGGUCGUCCCAUAGAAACCCUGAAGGCAACAAAAAGGCAAGCGAUGUUGCUUAAAGGAGGGAACAGAAAAGUAAAACGUAAUCCACUAAAGCAGGAAGAAUACCAGAAAGCGGAGCGAUACUUCUACAAGGCAGUGCAGGCGGAAGUGCUUGAGAGUAAAUCGAAGGUGUUGUACAACCUAGAUCGACCUGCGAAUCAGUGGCUCAGUGUCUAA